AUUAAGCAGCAUAACAACAACUUAUUACACGUUUUUGUUUCAUUUUUCUGUCGUCUGUCCUUUUAUUUAUUUUUUAUUCAAAUGAAUUAGCCAGCUAAUCAAACGAAGUAGUCAAUUUGAUUUUGAGCUGUGUUUUAAUUCAGUUUGUAAAAGUAAGCAGCUGUUGCUUAAUUCAAAGAAAAUUUACGUCAGCACAAAGCGAAGUUGCAGUACAACGAGGCAUCAUGGCGGAAGAGAAACCUUGCAAGACGGAUAUCGCUGCAGUUUUUAAACGUUUACGCAACAUAACUUCCAAUAAGGUUUGUUUUGAUUGUGGAGCAAAGAAUCCAACAUGGGCCAGUGUAACUUAUGGCGUCUUCAUUUGUAUGGACUGCUCUGCCGUCCAUCGUUCUCUCGGAGUUCACUUAUCGUUUGUAAGAUCUACACAACUGGACACCAAUUGGACUUGGUUACAGCUACGUGCUAUGCAAGUUGGAGGAAAUAGUAAUGCUCACUUGUUUUUCCAACAGCAUGGAUGUGGAUCACAUGAUGCUCAACAGAAGUACAACAGCAGAGCUGCUCAAUUAUAUCGUGAAAAAUUGCAUCAUUCCGCUGCAGCUGCUAUGAGACUUCAUGGAACUAAGAUUCACAUUGAAAUUCCUCAUGCUGAAGCACCUAUCUCACCUGAAAAGAAAGAGCACGACUUUUUUAAAGACAUUGAUGAAGCACAUUUGUAUCAUAAAGAUGAUAUAAAUGAUACAAUAAGCAAUGGCUCUUGCCUUAAAAAUUCAGAAUUUUCGCAGGAAUCUAAUAAUAUGGAUUCUAGACUAGGUGUAUCUCUUGAUCCGAUAGCUAGUGAUAAAUUAUCAGAGCCUAAAAAAGCUUCUUUAGGAAUCCGAAAACCGAAUGCUGCUAAAAAAGGGUUAGGAGGAAAAAAAGGAUUAGGUGCUCAACGUGUGAAUGCUAAUUUUGAUGAUAUUGAGAAAGAAGCUGAACAAUUAGAUAGAUUGAGGGAGCAAGCUGAAACUGCAUCAGCUGUUGAGAUUCCCCCUGAAGAACAAGAAAAGCAAAUGGCAUCUGUUCGAUUAGCUUACAAAGAUUUAAGUCUCGAGCAGAAAAAAACUGAAGAGAAAUUACGGCAAACAAAUCCUAAAAAAGCUGAGCAGUUAGAACGUUUAGGAAUGGGUUUUGGUGGAAGGAGCACUGGGCCGGUCGCUCACUCUGCAGCAUCUGAAAUGAAGCUUAUAACUCAAGAAGCGCCUGCUGGUUCACAAAAAUCUAAAGAUAAGGAGGGAGAUUCUGAUGAUUUUUUUGAAUAUUUAGGAUUUACUAGUGGACCACCCAAAUAUGGGGACAGUCCAUUUUUAUCCAGAGAUUCAUCUUAUUCUAGAUUAAAUGAUAUAACUGCAAAAGGUUCCUGGAUUAAUGAAAAAUUAGAAAAGCGGCCAUCCAUUGAUUCCACUUCUUCCAAAGGAUCGUCAAGUGGAAGUAGAGCAAAGAAAUCUGCAUCAACUUCCAAUUUAGGAUCUAGUGAUGAAGCCCAAAAAAAGUUUGGGAACGCUAAAGGAAUAUCAUCUGACCAGUUUUUUGGAUUGUCAAGUGAUAAUGAUUUUGAAAGAAAGGCCAACCUAACUAGGUUUGAAGGUUCCAGCUCUAUCAGCAGCGAAGAUUUUUUUGGAGGUGAUUCUAGAAGAAGUCCAAGUGCCUCAACGUACAAUACUCCAAAUCUCUAUGAUAUCAAAGAAGGUGUAAGGGAUGGAGUUACCAAGGUAGCUGGUAGAAUUUCAAGUAUUGCCAAUGGUGUGAUGAGCUCGCUGCAGGAUCGUUACGGCUACUGAAGGUGUGAUUUCAAAGGCAUCUCUGGGUCUCAGGGCAGCUGAAGCCCAAUUUUGAGUUAUUUUUAAAAUUCGGCUUUAAAGCUGUUUCUAAAAUUAUAUUUAUUUAUGUAUAUAGGCAUGAGAUAAUUCUAUUAUGUAAUGGGUUUAUUUAAUCUAAAAAUACCUUUUUUACAUAAUUUAAUGUAAUGAAUUUUAGCUGUCUUCACAAAGUAUACCAUUACAUGAGAGGUAAUAUUAUGAACAAAUUAAAAGUAUAAUAUGUAUAGUAAGCUUUGUAUUUUUAAAAGUGAGAAAUUUUUGUGAGAAUUAGAUGCGUUUAAAAAUUGUUUUUUGAAAAAAGUACACAUAUCAAACUAAUACUCUUUAUGUAUGAGUUGCUAUUUUUAUUUUCUUGUUUUAAUCUAUACCCACUCUUGAUGAAUCUUUCUUAUUAACUAACAUCUUCAGCUUUUGUUAUCUUUAUAAAUUCAUUUGUAAAUAUAAAGCAAUGUAGAAAUAUGCAAUUUAUUUUGUUGUAAUUGGGAGAUGUAUGUUGGAUUUGAAAUUGUUUAUUGUAUAAUUCUGCUUAAAUCAUUGUGUAUUGGAUUUUUUUGUAUAGUUUAUGUACCCUAGUGCUUUGUCUAUGAAUCCUUUUAGGUUUUGAUGCUGUUUCUUUUUUUUUUUUAUUCUCAUAAUAUUUUAUAAAUUUCUCUGUGUAAAGAUUAUGUUUCAGAUUUUUUAAUCAGAAUUAUGAACUUUAUCAGAAUGAUGAUUAUGAAUUUUUUUAGAAUCAGAAGUUUAAAAAGAUGUUUUGUUUCUUUUUCCUUUAACUUUUUUAGUGCAUAAUAUCAAGAAGUCGUCUUUUUAUUUGACUUAUUGAACAUUAUCUCACAAUGAUAAAAAAAAUUAACUUGCACUGUUGUUGACCUUGGAGGUAUUAACCUAAAGAAUAGAUGUGUCCAAAUUUACAAACUGUGAUUUUAAUUCGAUGCCUCUUUUUUUCAUAUAUGUUUGUCUAAUAAAAAUCGCAUUUCAGUCGGAGGAGAAAAAAAGGAGCUACACUGAACAGUUUACACCUUUCUAAUCAGUCUAUAUUUUUAGAAAUCCUAUCUACUGGAACCUAAUUAAGCUGUAGCUAAAUUGAGCUAAAGGGUAUUGUUCCUUGUUGUGUAUUUCAAUUUGACUGGUAAAAUUAUGCUCUAAAAAUUUAAAUGACUUAAAAUCACAUUUGUAAAUGUUUUGCCCCUACUAACAAUUUGAUAUAAAGUUGACUACAAAGUUAAACAAUUUUAACAAUAUAUUUUUUUUCCUGCUAAAAACUCUGUAAGAUCAAUCAUCUUUUCUGAUUUCUAAGCAUACAUUUUUUUGUUAUUGUAAAGAAAUUGUGUUGUAUAUCAUAGUAUUUAUUUUCAUAGUAAUAUGUUUUUGUCCGAGAAUGCUUAGACUAAUAGUAUAAUCAAUCGAAGAAAGUUUAAUACAUUUCUUUUUGUAAUAAUGAAUGUAAACAAUAAGCAUUAAGUUUUAUUUUGCCUAGACAUCUUUAAAAUCUAUCUAUAUAUAUAUAUAUUUAAUAUAUUCAGUCAUUGCAAAAUGUUGCUGUUGAUUUGAAUUUCAUUGUCUUAAACUUAUACAUCUAUUUUUUUUAGAUUUUAAAAUUUUUACUGUUUAUUCAUACCAUAAUUUUUAAUUAUAACUAAAAGCGAUUUCUGUUGAAGGAUCGUUAUGCCUAAUGUGGUGAUGGUUUUGAGUCCGCCUGUGCUGUAAAUCAAGCAACAACUUCUUCACAAGAACUGCUGCAACAUAAAUUG